AUGAAAAGAGAGAACUUUACUCUCAUCACUGACUUUGUUUUCCAAGGUUUCUCCAGCUUCCGUGAGCAGCAGAUCACCCUUUUUGGCAUGUUCCUUGCACUAUACAUCUUAAUCCUAGCAGGCAAUAUCAUCAUUGUGACCAUCAUCCGAAUUGAUCAUCAUCUUCACACACCCAUGUACUUCUUCCUGAGCAUGCUGUCCACUUCAGAGACUGUAUAUACAUUGAUCUUUCUCCCAAGGAUGCUCUCCAGCCUCGUAGGUAUGAGCCAGCCCAUAUCAUUGGCAGGGUGUGCCACACAGAUGUUCUUUUUUGUAACCUUUGGCAUCACUAACUGCUUCCUGCUCACAGCAGUGGGAUAUGACCGCUAUGUGGCCAUCUGCAACCCCCUGAGAUACAUGGUUAUUAUGAACAAGAGGCUGCGUAUCCAGCUUGUCCUGGGGGCCUGCAACAUUGGGCUGAUUGUAGCAAUAACACAAGUGACAUCUGUAUUCAGUCUCCCAAUGCAAAGAAAGAACCUCACAGAGGUAACAGAGUUUGUUUUCCUGGGAUUCUCCAGAUUCCACAAACAUCAGAUCACUCUCUUUGUGGUUUUUCUCAUCCUGCACAUAUUAACCGUGGCUGGCAAUGCCAUCAUCAUGACCAUCAUCCGCAUUGACCAUCACCUCCACACCCCCAUGUACUUCUUCCUGAGCAUGCUGGCUAGCUCAGAGACAGUGUACACACUGGUCAUCAUUCCACAGAUGCUCUCCAGCCUCGUAGCCCAGACCCAGCCAAUCUCCCUAGCAGGUUGUACUACCCAAAUGUUCUUCUUUGUUACCUUGGCCAUCAACAAUUGCUUCUUGCUCACAGUGAUGGGCUAUGACCGCUAUGUGGCCAUCUGUAAUCCCUUGAGAUACAUGCUCAUUAUGAGCAAGAGGGUGUGUGUCCAGCUGGUGUGUGGAGCCUUUAGCAUUGGCCUGGCCAUGGCAGCUGUCCAGGUAACAUCCAUAUUUACCUUACCUUUUUGUCACAGGGUGGUUGGUCAUUUCUUCUGUGACAUCCUCCUUGUCAUGAAACUCUCCUGUAUUAAUACCACUAUCAAUGAGGUAAUCAAUUUUGUUGUCAGUUUAUUUGUCAUCCCGGUCCCUAUGGGUCUGGUCUUCAUCUCCUAUGUCCUCAUCAUCUCCGCUGUCCUCAAGAUUGCCUCAGCUGAGGGUCGGAAGAAGACCUUUGCCACUUGUGCCUCCCACCUCACUGUGGUCAUUGUCCAUUAUGGCUGUGCCUCCAUUGCCUACCUUAAGCCCAAGUCAGAAAACUCUAUAGAACAAGUUCUCCUUCUCUCAGUGACCUAA